GUUGGAAUUAGAGAGCGUCAUAAAUCGGGGAUAGAAAAAAAGAAAGAAACGUUUUGGCUUUUCCCAUUGCUGAAAGUUCUUCGCCUUUCCCUUUCUUCUUUUCAAUAAAAAAACUCUGCCCACAUACAUUUCCUCCCAUUCUCAAUUUCACCAAAACUCCACUAUUUCUGCACCUGCAAUCAAUGGGCGAUAUAGAAGACGACGACGGCAGCAAAUGGCCGCCAUGGCUGCGGCCGCUGCUGCAGAGCAGCUUCUUUGGCCAAUGCAAGGUGCACGCGGCGGCGGCGCACAAGAGCGAGUGCAACAUGUUCUGCUUGGAUUGCAUCGACGGACCGAUUUGCUCACUUUGCCUCAACUUUCACAAGGAUCACCGCCAUAUCCAGAUAAGGAGAUCGUCAUACCACGAUGUGAUUAGAGUGGGGGAGAUUCAAAAGUACUUGGACAUAGCAGGGGUUCAAACCUACAUUAUCAACAGCGCCAAAAUUGUGUUCCUAAAUCAGCGCCGCCGCCCUCAGCCGCGCCCCGGCAAAGGCUCCGCCACCAACACCUGCUGCGUCUGCGAUCGCAGCCUCCUCGAUUCCUUCGAUUUCUGCUCCAUUGGCUGCAAGAUCGUCGGAACAUCGAAGAAUUUCGAUAAGGAGAAGAUGAGGACGGAUGAUGGUGGCGCCUCCGACUCGGACGAGUCGUUUGAGUCGGUGAACGCCGCCAGCAUCCGCAAACAAGUUGUUAGAAUCAAGGUGCAGGGCUUUACUCCGUCGACGCCGCCUCAGACCGCGGCGUCGAAGCGGCGGAAGGGCGUUCCUCGACGAGCUCCCACCGGCGGGCUUCUACUAGGAUAUUGAAAAGGUAAUGAUGAUGGCGUUGUGAUUCCAGCAAACUGAGCUGUGGCAAAGGAAGCCGAUGCUGGAACACCAAAACUGCAUAGUGCGGUAUGUUUAAUUGCAGUGUACUGUUACAUUAUGAAUUUUUUUAAAAAAAAGUAAAAAAAUAAAAUUGGAAAAAUUAGCAUCAUAUCCAUAUGUUGUGUAACAUACUCUUAGUAAAGUAUAAAAUGAAUAAAGGGCUAGAGGGAUUUGAGGGAGAAGCAGCACAUCAUUCUAAUCCUCAAUUUGUGAUCGAAUUAUUUCGUUUAACCGAAAUAUGUGUAUAUAUAUCACUUUAUGUAAUUACUAUGUACUUGUAAUUCGAUAGUUCUGACAAAUAGUCAUUAUAUGGAGUACGAUUUUGCUUCCACCAUAAA